GGCGGAAGUAGCAACUGGGGAAGAGGGAAAGGGACCUGCUGCGCCUAGCGAAGGGCACCGCGCUCCUCCCCCCGCUCCUCCUCCGUGUCCUCCUCCUCGGGAAAGCUGUGGGCAUCCGCACGUGCAGCCCAGCCCAGGCUCCUCCCUUCCCCGCCCCCUGCCCGGGAGCGGCCAGGCGGCUGCCUUCCUCUGUCGCCGAGAUGGCGCUCGACCCGGCAGGAUAAAUCCCGAGGAGUGUGUGUGAUGGGUCAUAUGAGCAGCAUCUCAGACAUGUUGAAAAAGAUGUUUUGAUCCCUAAAAUAAUGAGAGAAAAGGCCCGAGAGAGGUGUUCUGAGCAAGUUGAAGAUUUUACCAAAUGUUGCAAGGACUCUGGGAUCCUCAUGGUAGUAAAAUGCCGGAAAGAAAAUACUGCAUUGAAAGAGUGUCUAACAGCUUAUUAUAAUGAUCCCGCCUUUUAUGAGGAAUGCAAAAUGGAAUACCUGAAGGAAAGGGAAGAAUUCAGAAAAACUGGAAUUCCUACCAAGAAAAGGCUACAAAAGCUCCCAACAAGCAUGUAGGCAAAUAUUCACAUGAUAGAUACUCAGUAAUUCUUUUCGUGGAAAUCACAAUUACCUAAAACAAUGGACUCAAGGAAGUUUGUUUGCUUUCUCCUAAAUUAUGGAAAUAUUAAUUUUAUCUGAAAUAAAGAUUUUUUUAAAAAAAAUUUAAAGUUUAUUAAAUGGGAUAGGAGUAAAUAGUGAAGUGGGACAUGGUUUGCCUGGUCAUUAUGGAUUUUUCAUAAAUUUUUCCACAGCUAUAGUUCUGUAACAGUGAUACUGUUUCUUAGGGUUCCGUAUGGGUCUUAUAUUACUCUAUCCAUGUAUAGACUAAUGGCUAAUCAUGGGUCCAGAAGUAACUAAAGGAAAGCAGGAAUGGACAUGCUUAGCGGGGUUAAUAACUAGGCACUACAGAAGAAUGGUUAUGAGCCAGAAUCCUUCCUGGUUCUCUUCUUACUGGCUGUGCAACUGCAGAAAUAAAUGCUAGUUACUGUGAGGAGGAACUGAGUAUUGUAGGUAAAUAGAGUAUGCAGGGCAGUGCGUCAGACACUGGUAAAUGCUCUUUAAUGGUUGUCGUUAUUUAGUACUGAAGGCUUAUUUGGAGAUACCAGGUCUGACGGUUAUGUUGCGAUCUUGUUGCAAUGAUGUUGCUAACCUCUUUUGAUAUCAGAGGGAUUAUUCAUUAUGAAUUUGUACCAACUGGCAAACAGUUAACCAAGUUUAC